UCGUAGCCAGUUGGCUGCUAAUGGCCAUAGCGAUAUGGAUCUGGUAUGGCACCAAACUGGUUGAGGCUGAAGAAAGAUUUCAAAAACUGCCAAUGAAAACUAAACUAAAUAUUGUUGUUCUGGCUAAGAGAUUACAAAAUAAAACCAAUUUUAAAGCACUUCAAUUCAAAACCAGUAAAAGCAGCAUAAUCCAGAGGCUAGUUAAAUGGGCAAAAGAAAGAAGUGACCUUUCCGAACACUUUCCCAGUCCUAUUCCUAAACUAGAGACACCUACGUCUCAUAUGAAAGUAGCAUACCAGCCUUUAAAUGGUAAACGCACGAUUAGGUCUGUAAAUGAUACAGAAAAUCGCACGGAAAUUUCAGAAAUCGGCCAUCAUAUAAGAAUAAGACACGGUCAAAUCUUCAUUAUUCCUGGCGAGGCGCCCACUGAAGAAGUCACAUUACCAUAUGAACCAACGACCAGCGUAACAACAAUGACGCCACCAACUAUGCCACCAUGUGCACCACAAACGGUACCGCCAACUGCAUCAGCUAACACAACACUGACAAUUACAACUACUGUAACACCUACUGCGGCACCAACUGCACCAGCUAUUCAACAAAUAACUGAAUCACUAACAUCAAAGCCUACUUCACCACCAACUUCCGCACCUACUGAACCAACAACUGUACCACCAACUUCACCAACUACUGUGGCACCUACUGCUGCACCAACCGCCGCAUCUACUGCUGCACCAACUUCAUCACCUACUGAACCAACAACUGUAUCACCAACAUCACCAACUACUGUGCCACCUACUGCAGCACCAACCGCCGCAUCUACUGCUGCACCAACCUCAUCACCUACUGAACCAACAACUGUAUCACCAACAUCACCAACUACUGUGCCACCUACUGCUGCACCAACCGCCGCAUCUACUGCUGCACCAACUUCAUCACCUACUGAACCAACAACUGUAUCACCAACAUCACCAACUACUGUGCCACCUACUGCAGCACCAACCGCCGCAUCUACUGCUGCACCAACUUCAUCACCUACUGAACCAACAACCGCACCACCAACUUCACCAACUACUGUGCCACCUACUGCAGCACCAACCGCCGCAUCUACUGCUGCGCCAACCUCAGCACCUACUGAACCAACAACUGUAUCACCAACAUCACCAACUACUGUGCCACCUACUGCAGCACCAACCGCCGCAUCUACUGCUGCACCAACCUCAGCACCUACUGAACCAACAACCGCACCACCAACUUCACCAACUACUGUGCCACCUACUGCUGCACCAACCGCCGCAUCUACUGCUGCACCAACUUCAGCACCUACUGAACCAACAAAUGUAGCACCAACUUCACCAACUAUUGUGCCACCUACUGCAGCACCAACCGCCGCAUCUACUGCUGCACCAACUUCAUCACCUACUGAACCAACAACUGUAUCACCAACAUCACCAACUACUGUGCCACCUACUGCAGCACCAACCGCCGCAUCUACUGCUGCGCCAACCUCAGCACCUACUGAACCAACAACUGUAUCACCAACUUCAACAACUACUGUGGCACCUACUGCUGCAUCAACCUCAGCACCUACUGAACCAACAACUGUACCACCAACCACUGUGCCACCGACUGCUGCACCAACUUCAUCACCUACUGAACCAACAACUGUAUCACCAACAUCACCAACUACUGUGCCACCUACUGCAGCACCAACCGCCGCAUCUACUGCUGCGCCAACCUCAGCACCUACUGAACCAACAACCGCACCACCAACUUCACCAACUACUGUGCCACCUACUGCAGCACCAACCGCCGCAUCUACUGCUGCGCCAACCUCAGCACCUACUGAACCAACAACCGCACCACCAACUUCACCAACUACUGUGGCACCUACUGCUGCACCAACCGCCGCAUCUACUGCUGCGCCAACCUCAGCACCUACUGAACCAACAACUGUAUCACCAACUUCACCAACUACUGUGGCACCUACUGCUGCACCAACCUCAUCACCUACUGAACCAACAACUGUAUCACCAACAUCACCAACUACUGUGCCACCUACUGCAGCACCAACCGCCGCAUCUACUGCUGCGCCAACCUCAGCACCUACUGAACCAACAACUGUAUCACCAACAUCACCAACUACUGUGCCACCUACUGCAGCACCAACCGCCGCAUCUACUGCUGCACCAACCUCAGCACCUACUGAACCAACAACUGUAUCACCAACUUCACCAACUACUGUGGCACCUACUGCUGCACCAACCUCAGCACCUACUGAAGUAACAACCGCACCACCAACUUCACCAACAACUGUGCCACCUACUGCUGCACCAACCUCAGCACCUACUGAACCAACAACUGUAUCACCAACAUCACCAACUACUGUGCCACCUACUGCAGCACCAACCGCAGCAUCUACUGCAGUACCAACCUCAGCACCUACUGAACCAACAACUGUACCACCAACUUCACCAACUACUGCGCCACCUACUGCUGCACCAACCGCUGCACCUACUCUACGUCCAACAGCUGUUCCAUGUCCACCUCACUCACCCUACGUAAAGAUCCCUUCAUAUCGUCCUGUUCCUCCACGUUCUUCGUAUGUGUACUCCCGACCUAAAGUUCCUCAUAGUUAUCCAUCAGUGCGAAAUUACCCCGUAGUUUCAGCACCUAAUAAUUGUAUGAGAAUAAGCGAUAAUGGACCAGCUGGAAGAAGAGGAAGUACUCGUAUAGUCUGCUUUCCGGUGCAAGCAUCGCCCGCAAGGAUUAUAACACCUCGCAUAGUUCAGCCACCGAAACCACUUCCAGUACCUUACGCAGCGCGGCGUUGCAAUGGUCGUCGUUGCAAUAGAGGAGAAACCCCUCAACAAAAUGGUUGCUGCAUUGGAAGUAAUGUUUAUGCCAGAAAGCCAGUGAAUUAUCCAGCGCCAAGCCUAAGAACUGUGAUGGCAUCUGCCACUAUAAGACUGUUGGUGGCAACAUUCGCCCUACUACAUUCCAGUGAAGCACAUCUAAUCCGAACAAAGCAGAUUUCGCUUUAUGAACCUCAUGUCACCAGCAGCAAAAAUUUGGCUACCAGUGAAUUUGAUGUGCGGCCCAACCGACUCUUGAGCAGAAUACUGCAAGCCAGUGUCAGGAAAAAUGUCAGAGAUGUCAACAGCGCCACAAGUUUCUUACACCUUAGUCCUUUCUGGAGUUAUUUACAGCCAUUGACACACGGUGGAAAUACUAUACGCAAAACAAGAGCUGCUAACGGACGAAAUAAAGUUCAGAUAUUCGUUAUACCUUCGGUGGCUCCAGAUGCUGAUUUAGGAAUCACAGAUUCAACAACACAACUUCCAACAACUUUAGCACCAACGACUGUAUCACCAACAGAUUCAACGACUCAACCAACAACACAGCAUACCUCAACUUUAGCACCAACGACUGUAUCACCAACAGAUCCAACGACUCAACCAACAACACAGCCCACAACAACUUUAGCACCAACGACUGUAUCACCAACAGAUCCAACGACACUACCAACAACACAGCCCACAACAACUUCAGCACCAACGACUGUCGCACCAACAGAUCCAACGACUGUACCAACAACACAGCCCACAACAACUUUAGCACCAACGACUGUAUCACCAACAGAUCCAACGACUCAACCAACAACACAGCCCACAACAACUUUAGCACCAACGACUGUAUCACCAACAGAUCCAACGACUGUACCAACAACACAGUCCACAACAACUUUAGCACCAACGACUGUAUCACCAACAGAUCCAACGACUCAACCAACAACACAGCCCACAACAACUUUAGCACCAACGACUGUAUCACCAACAGAUCCAACGACUGUACCAACAACACAGUCUACCACAACUGUAGAACCAACGACUGUAUCACCAACAGAUCCAACGACUCAACCAACAACACAGCCCACAACAACUUUAGCACCAACGACUGUAUCACCAACAGAUCCAACGACUGUACCAACAACACAGCCCUCAACAACUUUAGCACCAACGACUGUAUCACCAACAGAUCCAACGACUGUACCAACAACACAGCCCACAACAACUUUAGCACCAACGACUGUAUCACCAACAGAUCCAACGACACUACCAACAACACAGUCUACCACAACUGUAGAACCAACGACUGUAGCACCAACAGAUCCAACGACCCAACCAACAACACAGCCCACAACAACUUUAGCACCAACGACUGUAUCACCAACAGAUCCAACGACCCAACCAACAACACAGCCCACAACAACCUUAGCACCAACGACUGUAUCACCAACAGAUCCAACAACUGUACCAACAACACAGCCCACAACAACUUUAGCACCAACGACUGUAUCACCAACAGAUCCAACGACACUACCAACAACACAGUCUACCACAACUGUAGAACCAACGACUGUAUCACCAACAGAUCCAACGACUCAACCAACAACACAGCCCACAACAACUUUAGCACCAACGACUGUAUCACCAACAGAUCCAACGACUCAACCAACAACACAGCCCACAACAACUUUAGCACCAACGACUGUAUCACCAACAGAUCCAACGACUCAACCAACAACACAGUCUACCACAACUGUAGAACCAACGACUGUAUCACCAACAGAUCCAACGACUCAACCAACAACACAGCCCACAACAACUUUAGCACCAACGACUGUAUCACCAACAGAUCCAACGACUCAACCAACAACACAGCCCACAACAACUGUAGAACCAACGACUGUAUCACCAACAGAUCCAACGACUGUACCAACAACACAGCCCGCAACAACUUUAGAACCAACGACUGUAUCACCAACAGAUCCAACGACUCAACCAACAACACAGCCCACAACAACGCACACGACAACCAACAACAGACACACACCAACGACUGUAUCACCAACAGAUCCAACGACUCAACCAACAACACAGCCCACAACAACUUUAGCACCAACGACUGUAUCACCAACAGAUCCAACGACUCAACCAACAACACAGCCCACAACAACUUUAGCACCAACGACUGUAUCACCAACAGAUCCAACGACUGUAUCAACAACACAGCCCACAACAACUUUAGCCCCCACGACUGUAUCACCAACAGAUCCAACAACUGUACCAACAACACAGCCCACAACAACUCUAGCACCAACGACCCCACCAACAGAUCCCACAACAGUGCCAACAACUCAACCUACAGUAACAGCGGGUAUAUUUGUAGACGAUUUGAAAACAACACUAACUACGACGAAGCCAACAACAGUGCCUCCAAUUAUUGUUACAACAUUGCCGCCAACUUUACCUGAUACCCCUGCUCCAAGUUCUCCCAUAUGCCCACCACCAGCAUGUAAUUGUUGCAACUUUCCGGCAACGACACCACCUUGCUUACCUAAUCCACCAACUACUCAGCAGAACUGUCCUCCAUACUAUCCAAGUAUGCCAUAUAUGCCAUUCCCACCAUUCCCAUAUUCGUUUCCUAUUCCUUUGGCCGCUCAAAGUCAGAAUUGUGGACUUCAAGCAGGUAUGAUAUCAGCGCAAUCAAUUCUUUCACCGCCACAACCAACUGCACCAUUUUUCUUUGCCUCCGCACCGAUUAUGAUGCCGAUACAACCAAAUAUUUUACCGCAACAAGCAGCUUCACCAUUUUCCUUUGGUUCCAUGCCUAGCAUAAUACCCGUUCAAUCAAACAUUUUACCGCAACAAGCAGCUUUACCAUUUUCGUUUGGAUCUGUGCCUAGUCUCAUGCCCGCGCAAACAAAUAUUUUACCGUUGCAGCUUCCACAGUUCAGUUUGUUUACCCAGAGAUCUACUUAACAUCACUUUCAUCUAGAAUUUACUAGUAUAACUAUUUAAGUAACCGCAGAGGCCGAAGAGGGAAACUGGUUUUCAACGAUUUAGUGGUCUCAAAUCUACAUAUAUGUGAAGUUAAAUAGCAAUAAAAAAUCUUGUUUAUUGAAGCAA